UUUUUUCCUUAUUACACACAGAAAGAGGUAUACACAAAAAGGGUCUAUAGAAUUGAUAUAUUUUGAAUAGAAAUACAUACUGCAAGAUAAAAACAAUGCCUCCAAAAAGAAAAGCAAAAGCAGACAAGGAUACUUCCACAAAAUCUCCCAAAAAGGCAAUAGGGAAAAUCAAAAAUUCUAGUAAAAAGGAUAUGAAAACAAAGGUGACCAGCUCUGGUAAUAAUCAAAGAUCAAAUUUGGAAACCAAACCUACCGAGCCCAUUCAAUGGCCAUCUCACAAUGAGGAAGGCCGAAGAAAACGUUUCAGCGAUGACUCAAUAUCUAUAGCUGAAGUAACAAUUCAAAGACCAUCAAUAGCCAAACGAUUGCGUUUAUCCGAAGCAAAUCCUUUGAAAAAAGCCAUCGAGGAACUUGUUAUGGAAGAUGAAGCAAGUUCAGAAUCCGAGUAUGCAGAGAUCGAAUAUGAAACUUCAAAAGAAUCAGUCAUUACUGAUGUGGAGCAAAUUUUAGUUAUGCCAUCUUUUUCCGACGAGGAGGAUAGCGAAUCUAUUCGAAGCGAACUAGAAAAAGUCCCUGAUUUCUUUGAAAACUUUGGUGAUAUUCCCGAUUUGGAGCAGGUUUCUAUUGAUUUGUCAGCGGAUAUUGUCAAAGAUGUUACACCAAAAGCUGAAGUCUUUGGGCUACCGGAUAUGGGAACAUUUGUUAAUCCCUUGACUGGACAAGUGUCUAGCUCAUCCAAUGAAACAUUACAGCAACCGAUUGUAAUGCCAGAAGUGAAAAAAGCUGCUAAACCUACGAUCCCCGGUUUUGAGGAUGCCGAAGAGGAGACAACCGCAUCCAGCGACCUGGGUUCAGUGUUUAUCGCUCUUAUGUCUGACCAAGAACUACCAGAAGAUUCCAUCGUCCAAAAGAUUGCCUCAGCCGAAGAUGUGCUAACCCAAUUUAUUGCCUUGGAUACCCAAGCUCGUGUCGAGGUUUUAGAGGAAAUUGAUGCAGACACCUUGGCUAGAGAAGAGGCUGCCCGCUUGCUACAUCAACAGACCUCUGAGUUUAUUCAUGACCUCAUCGAUCAAGCUGUAGAAAAGGCAGAAUAUAUUGAUUCAAGAGUUAUACUGAGAAAAAAUCUCGAUAAGCGAAAACUUCUGAAAGAAUUGCAUGAAAAACUUGCAAGUCUAGAAAUCGAACGUCGAGGGCAACAAUUUCUGAAUCGUAAAUGCGUAGAAUAUUUUCGCCGUAAACGCUCUUUGCGCCCCAUUAUGAGUGACAAUCGAAAAACCUUUAAACAAGUCAAAAAGAAAUACGAAGCUGCAAUCGGCGGUUUAGAUAGGUGGCUGAUACGUGAACAAGAAGUAAAAACCCUAACUCAACAAAACUUGGGCACUCUAGCAGAAAAGCUCGAAGAGGUAAGAGUACAUUCCACGGAGGGAAUUACCAAUUUAGAGGAAUUGAUUGCAAACUCAUUGAGAAGGGAAAAUUUCGAUAAGCUGCCAGUGGUGGUAGAAAAUUGUCUAUUGAGAAUGAAUUCUGUACGCAAGGAAAUUUCCAAAGUCCUCUUUCAGUUAAUACAGAAACAACACGAUAUGGCCACCUUGGUAGAGAAAUUGCGAAGACUGGAGGAUUUGGGCAAUGGUUUAAGCAUGCGUAACUUGGAGACAAUAGAUACUGAAACACAGGCCUUGGACAAGAAAAUUGCAGAACGUAAUUCGGAAAUCAAUAAACUUAAAUAUCGUUUUCACAAUGAUAUACAUGGCAUCGAUCAUUUCAAGAAGAAACAAAAAGGCCUUCUGGAAAUCAUCAACCGUAAGCGACAACAUCUCCAAGAAAUGAGAGCUGAGAAACAAAGGCUUCGAGAGGUGAUAUUUAGGCGUAAAUUUGAGUGUUCUGAAAUUCGCAAGAAUUUUCAAGAUAUGAGUUUCCAAUCGGGUCUCUUGGAUAACGCGGUUCUAAUGAAAGACUACGAUGUCACUGAACAAAAUUUAAGUGUCUUAAGCCAACGCGUAAAUCUUUUGAAAACAAAUGUCAAUCAGUUGAAUGCGAAAAUUGAGAUCUUGGAAUCGCACUGUAAAUGAAACGUUAUGCUUGUAUGAUCCUUUAAACUAAGUAUUUCAACCAAAGCAACAGAGCAAAAAUCUUCCAAAUCAAUAGAGAAGGGCAUCUAGCCAAUAGGUUGCCACACAUUGGGUAGUUAAUAGGUAUUUACACGGUAAAUUUUCAAUAAAUACCCAAUGUGUAGAUUCCCGUCUCUGCAUCAAGUUAAAAUUUAUAUAAAUUGUCCAAUAAAUAAUUGCUGGUCAUUUUCAUAUUGGAAA